AUGCGAACAUUGGAAUGGGACGGAGUGAAAGUCGAUGAUCGGCAAUUAUACCAUCUUCGCUUUGCUGAUGACAUCGUUCUCAUAACACCAGACAUUAGCCAAGCGGAGCGAGUGCUUCCCGAUUUUGAUACAGCCUGUGGGAAAAUCGGUCUUCGACUAAAUUUUACAAGAAUGAUGUUCAUGAAGGAAACACUGGUUUCGUAUGCCCCAUUCACACUCAAAGGAACGAAUAUCUCCGAAUGCUCCAGUUACGUCCAUCUAGGUCGGGAAAUCAACGUAAUGAAUGAUUUAGCUCUAGAGUUGAGCAGAAGGAAACGAGCGGCUUGA